CGUCACAGUGUGCCCUUCACAACAGAUAGAGAGAUAGGCAGCAGAUUGGUUACACAGACUAGGCACUGCUAGGAAUCCAACCAGGGGCCAUUACACUACUGGAGUUUUGAUUCAAUUACAAAUUUACAUCUGAAUCUCUCCAGAUUCCCAUAGGGCAAAAAUGGCUUUCCUUAUCAAGACCAUGAUAGGUAACCCCCUGUCGGGAGUAAUGGGGGGUCAAGACAAAGCUGAGGAGGAGACCCCCAAGGACCCCGCUGCCGCUGCUGGCAUGACCCGUGAGGAGUAUGAGGAGUACCAGAAGCAACUGGUGGAGGAGAAGAUGGAGAGAGAUUCAGAGUUCUUAAACAAGAAGGCUGAGAGGGCCACGCUCCGGGUGUGCCUUAGAGACAAAUACCGCUUGCCGAAGAGUGAACAGGAUGAGAACAUGAUCCAGAUGGCAGGUGAUGACGUGGACGUGCCUGAGGAGCUGCUGAAGAUGGUGGACGAGGACGCCACAGAGGAAGAGGAGAAGGACUCCAUCCUGGGCCAGAUGCAGAACCUGCAGAACAUGGACAUGGACCAGAUCAAGGAGAAGGCCUCAGCAACCAUGGCAGAGGUGAAAAGCAAGGCCGAGGAGAAGUGUUCUGUCAUGUAACGGGGGAAAUGACAACUUACAAAAGAAAAAGAAGCGAAAGUUAUAAAUGAUAAGGGAAACAGGUCAUUAAUUCUGGCUCUCAAGAAAUUGCAGGUUCAGAGACAUGCUCUCCUCCCCUUGCUUUGAUCACUGUUGGCUUGCUGGCUGGUUGGACGAACCUCAUAGCUGAUGUCAUUGGAACCUCCUCUCUUGCCCAAAGAUUUCUCUGAAUCAUGCCCAUUGAUGUGCAUCCUCACCCUAAUAUCCUGUGGGAUAGAUUUUUUUGUAUGUGAUGUAUGAAUAAAACAUGUCUUAGAUGUUCCCCUUUUCUUUUUCUGUCCUCCCUCUAAGCCCAGGACCCUAGGAAGCUACAGUGCAAUUACAGAACUUUGAAAUAUGUUAACAAAGUAUGACAUAUAUACAUAUUUCUAAAUAUUUUUAUUUAUCUAAAAUAAUAUCACUGGUGAAUUCAUGUUAAGUAUGCUUCAUCGUUCAUAUCAGCGUGUUAUAACAACAUUGCUAGGCUUCAUACCUGCUAUUUCACAGAAAUGAGUGUAAGAUCAGCAGCAGCAACAGCUUCCUUUAUUUUGCUGAAUGUUACGCCAGGGAAAAUGUGUGUUUAGCAAUUCUUUAUUCGUUGCAUAUGUAAGAAGUGAUUUACUCUGUUCAAGUAUACAAUCAUGUAAAUGCUGGCUAAAAUGAAUGCUGAUUGUUUUACUUAAUAAA